AGCCAACGAAAUCUAUCUAAGUCGAAGAAGGUAAAUGCUGCGUCUGAGGAGAUACGAUUUCCAAUUUUGUAGCUACACAAUAGAGCUCCGGGCGCCCCAAGGCAUUCAGCCAUUGAGACCCAGUGAGCAGGAAAACACAGUAGAAGAAUAGGGAAAAGUGAAGACACAAUCAGUUGGGGCAGAUCGAAUUUUGUGCAUCUGGGAGGAGCGAGAUAUUUCUGUUUGAGUUAGUGCUCCUAAGCCGCGAGUAGGCACACGUGCUUGGAGGCAGCCCAAGGUGCUUUAUCCAAAACGCUUCCAGGCGAACUACCGGCUUUCUCGGUAACCAGGCAUCAUCGUUGCCGUCGUCAUCGCCAUUGUAGGCUGUUGAACCGGAAUAUCAUCCUCGAACCUCUUGACUGGUCUCGAUUCAACAACCACGAGUUCACUGGCACCGGUGGGAGUGAACGACUGGGAAUAAACGAAUCACGCUUGAAGUGAAGAAAAAUCGGAUUAUGCCAGGUUUGCUACUGCUGGAAAUAAUUCAAUUAUUGGAUUAAAUUCUUAAGAAUCGAUUCAUCGCCUUCGUGAAUAUUGCUCCUAAACUGGCAGUUAAAUUGUUCGUUCCGGAUCGCUGAACAGGUUGGCGACAAGGUUUGCUGGCAGUCUCCGAAGUUUGCGUCCAUUCGCAACAUUUAUAGAAUUAGAAGCCGUUUUUCAUCAGUGAACACAUCGUUGGUUGAUAAAAAAAUCGUUCUCCGCCGUGAGCAUACACUAAAGUACCGCUUCAGUUGGUAUCUACUCGUGUGUUUCGUGUGCAAAUUGUGCUUGUGGUUAACCCACCCUCGGAGGGUUUAGAAAGGAAGAAUUACGGUCUGAGCACGGGCAGCUUGCGCAAAAUUGUGUUUAUCCACCAUUAAAAGGAAGCAGAAUUUCCGUUCAAGUGUAGAAGCAGUCUCAGCCAGCAGUGAAAGCAUCAUCGUUGCUUUCGUUGGGGCCAGUGUUUGCAGUGAGAGUGUGUUUAACCCAAUUCUGUGAAGUGGUUGAGGGUAAGCGUAAGCUGAAGAAGCUACAAAAAGUGUCCAAGAUAAAAGUGCAGCCACACCGCAGUCUCUGGUACUGAGGCACUGCGACCGGGUGGUGUCAGAAUACGAAACGACAUCGACAACACAACCUAAAGCAAGAGAUAGCAUUCGGCAGUAAAGCCGGCUCAAGUCCUACGGAAAAUAAGCGUGAGUGAAACGUAAGCAGUGUGAGGCUGUGUCGAGCUCGUGGGAAAUAAACGGCAACACCAGCACCGAGAGUAAGGUAGUCACAUCCUGGGGCGGAGGUUUCCUGCCAAGUGAAAGGAAACGGAAAACAGCUGCUGGUACGCGCAAAAGCCGUAACUUAUUGCUCGUCUGCAAAUUCCCGAUCGUAACACCGCUCAAGCAAAAAGAAUAUUAUUGAACGAACUAAAUUAUCCAACAAUAAAGCCACCAAGUGAACCCCUCAACCAAAAGUACCGGUAGCAUCUCGGAUUGCUUUCACAAACAAAAAAAAAGAAGCGCAAGUGAAAAAGUGUGAUCAAAGGCCGCAUCCGUUGACUAACGACUAUGGCGUCGACAGAGCUUACCUGCUGUUUACUUUCUUUGCUGAGUUUCCCAAACACCGAAUGCCGCUCUACUUGCCAGUAGACGUACUCCAGCCAUCCUCACCACUUAUAUUGCCUCUAUUGCCUCCUAGUAACGCAUCAGUGCGGUGGCAAUAAAUCGAUCCACUUUGAAGACGACGAGAAGAAGUGCCCAAAAAAAAAACUCGACGAACUUCAACAAACGUGAAAUUUAAAAGCGCAAAUAUAAAAAAAUACAGUCGUGAGAUUGUAACCUGAAGUUCGAUCCGCGUGAUGAGAAGAAAAAGUCCAACUUUCAAGAACCAUCGCAGAAGAGAAAACGUGUAAAAUAAGAAAUAAAAGCAAACAAGUUUUCGAACAAUCGACGGAAGGAAGAAACACAAAUAUCAGAAAAAGCAAUAAACGUAAAAUUUCCGCAAAACCAAACGAUUUUCCUUUCGGAAAACUGUAAAACCCAACGCAAACAAGAAACUGUGAAAGAGCACUUGGCAGCCGACGACCGGCGGCUGCAGAACGGUUGCACCGAGAAGAAAUGAAUUACAGAAGAAGGUGCACAAUAUCUUCCCGCCAGUACAAGUGAGGGAGUCUAUCUUCGGACUUCGAAAUAAGUCAUUUUCCAGUUCCAUUGACUGAGUGUGAGCAAGUAAUCUGGAAGAAAAACGAAAAAAAAAAUUACACAGAAUCCAGGCGCGCGUUCGUUAUCAUUGUGUGUGUGUCUGUAUGUGUUGAGGUGCCCCAAAAUCCCACCAAACUGGCGAAACCGCACGAUUGUCGUCACUUUUAUGCUGCUGCCACGGUUCAACACUAGUCGAGACCAAUGAAUGUGGUUCUACUGUUGCAGAUUAUAAUCGUUACAAAAUUCAUCAAAACUGGUAACGCCGAUAAGAACGACUACCCGCUCUACUUCGAGAAGGUCAUCUAUGAGGCUGACAUUGACGAAAAUGUCGAGGUCAACCACAACUUCCUCAACGUUACCGCAAAAACGCACGCUGAAGCGCCCAGUAUUCGAUACAAGAUCACAAGCGGUAACAUAGGCGAUGUGUUUGCCAUUCACAAUACAACCGGGGCUCUGUACGUAGCGAAAGCACUGGAUUAUGAGAAAAUUAAAAAGUACGAGCUCCGGUUGACGGUGUCGGAUAGUUUCAAGGAAAACUACACGACGGUGCUGGUGAACGUUAAGGACGUGAACGACAAUCCACCUGUAUUCGAGAGAUCAUCAUAUCGCACACAAAUCACCGAGGAGGACGACCGGGGCCUGCCGAAGCGGGUGAUGCGGGUUACGGCAUCGGACGCCGAUGUGGAACGACCUAGUAAUAUAAUUUACUUCCUAACCGGUCCAGGAAUUGACAUCGAAAAUCCGUCGGAGAGCAACUUCGACAUCAACAAAGCGACGGGGGAGAUAUUUGUUUUAAAGCCACUCAAUAGAGAUCCGCCCCAUGGGCGACCACUAUGGAAGUUUACCGUGUUUGCACAGGACGAGGGCGGUGAGGGUUUGGUCGGAUUUACCGAAGUCCAAAUCAAACUGAAAGAUGUAAACGAUAAUGCGCCGACGUUCCCGCAGGGGAUCUAUUACGGAAAUGUGACCGAAAACGGGACGGUCGGCAUGUACGUUAUGACAAUAAAAGCACAAGACCACGACGACGUGGAAGAGGGAACACACGCCAAAAUCGUCUACUCAAUCGAGAAGAAUGCAAUCGAGGAAGAAACGGGACUGCCAAUUUUCGAUAUCAACCCAGAUACGGGUGUUAUUACGACAGCGGUUUGCUGUCUAGAUCGGGAGAAAACCCCCGACUACUCGCUACAAAUAGUGGCCACGGACGGAGGUGGUCUCAAAGGAACGGGGACUGCUUCGAUUAAAGUGAAGGACCUAAACGACAUGCCUCCACAUUUUACCAAAGACGAAUGGUUCGUGGAGGUUGAGGAAACGGACGGGAAUAUACUUCCCGAGGUGCCGAUCCUCACAGUCACCGUCAACGACGAUGACGAGAUCAACAACUUUCAGUACAAAAUCAUUGAAAGCAGUGGUUAUGGGGCAGAUAAGUUCGCCAUGAUCAAAAACAACGAUGGAACCGGAAGUUUGCGGGUAGUUCAGCCCCUCGACUUUGAAGAUCCGAUGCAGAUCAAUGGGUUUCGUUUUCGUAUUCAAGUCACAGACAACGAAGGCAUAAACGAUACCGACAAGUACCACGUUGAUCACUCGUGGGUGAUCGUGAAACUAAAAGACAUCAACGACAACACCCCACGGUUCCGGAGGCCACACAUGGAAGCUCAUACUUCAGAAAGUGACGAAGUUGGUAAAACGCUGGUCAGUUUCAAAGCCAUCGAUAUUGAUAAGGCCGGCAAAAGUAAGAUCACUUACAUGAUCAAUAGAUCUACGGAUCGGAAGCGUCAGUUUUCGAUCAGUGACGAAGGCACCGUUACGAUCCAAAGGCAGCUCGAUCGAGAAGCGACUUCCAAAUACAAUUUGGAAAUUUUAGCAAUUGAUGACGGAGUCCCACCGCGAACAGCCACGGCAACUCUGACGAUUGACGUCAAAGACGUCAACGAUAACGCUCCAGUCUUCGCCGAAGAGUACAGACCAAUUCUACUGGAGAACUCACCCGCGUCAAAAAUCAUCGAAAUAACUGCCGUAGAUCAGGACGAUCGAAAAAUGGGAAACGGGCCACCUUUUCAGUUCCGAUUGGAUCCGGAUGCGAACGAUGUUAUACGGACAUCGUUCAAGGUAGAACAAAAUAACAAAGGAGAUGGAAUGGCAAUAAUAUCCUCGCUGAGGUCAUUCGAUCGCGAAUAUCGUAAGCAGUAUGAGAUACCAAUAGUGAUAAAAGAUUCUGGUAAUCCGGCACAGACUGGCACCAGCACUCUCACCGUAACAAUUGGGGAUGUCAAUGAUAACAUUAUGCAACCAGGAUCUAAAGAAGUGGUGGUCUACAACUAUCAGGGACAGGCUCCCGAUACACUUAUUGGAAGGGUUUUUGUGAACGACUUGGACGAUUGGGAUACAUCUGAUAAGUUAUUCUACUGGGACGAGUUGGAGAACCCUAGGUUUAAGCUGGAUGACACAUCAGGAAUGGUGACGAUGCGAAGGGGUGCACGAGAAGGACGGUAUAAGCUGCGCUUCAAAAUAUACGACCGGAAGCACGCUCAAGAAUCGCAUGCAAACAUGUCAGUAGUUGUAAAGCACAUUUCCUACGAAGCCAUUGUCAACUCUGGUUCUAUCCGAUUGCUGGGAAUCACAGACGAAGACUUCAUUCGGAUAUGGGACUAUCGAACGCAAAACAUCUUCAAAAGUAAACUGGAGCGGUUCAAAGAGAAGUUGGCUGAGCUCUUGAACAUUGAUAAGAAAAGCGUAGAGGUUUUCAGCGUUCAGAUGAAGCAGAAGAGUCCAGCGAUCACGGACAUCAGGUUUUCCGCUCGCAAUGCGUAUUAUUACAAAGCAGUUCAACUUAAUGGAGUGGUAUUAUUGCAUAAAGAAGAGAUCGAACAAGCGGUUGGUAUCAACAUAACAAUGGUCAACAUUGACGAGUGUCUUGUGGAAAAUGGCGACUGCAACGGAUCAUGCACCCACAUUAUGGAAGUUCAAGCGAACCCAUCUUUAGUCAACGCCAACAAAACAGCGCUGGUUGGUGUACAAAUCAAAUCGACAGCGGAGUGUAUGUGCAAUGCACGGGAAUACAAACAGCAACAGAGCUGUAAGUCGCAUCCAUGUCUGAAUGGAGGCAGGUGCUCCGACACAAAAUCUGGAAUACGAUGCUCAUGCCCUCCCGGAUACAGUGGCCCACGUUGUCAGCAGACAGUGCGGAGUUUUCGCGGUAACGGCUGGGCUUGGUAUCCUUCGUUGGACAUGUGCGACAAAUCCCAUAUCGGCGUCGAAUUCAUUACAACGAAAGCAGAAGGACUAAUUUUCUACAAUGGCCCGAUCGUUCCUCCGGAUGACAACGAUGAACUGCAGCAGUCCGACUUCAUUGCGUUAGAGUUGGAACAAGGUUUUCCUCGAUUUCUCAUCGACUACGGAUCCGGAACGUUGGAACUGCGGAUACAAACCAAGAAUCCACUGAAUGAUGGAGACUGGCACAGAAUUGAUUUGUUCUGGGAUACGGAUCGAGUGAAAAUGGUUGUUGAUUACUGCAGGACUGCCGUCAUAUCGGAAGCCGAUGACGGCAACAUAGUAGAAUUUGUUGACCACACAUGCCAAGCUGCUGGACGCGUUCCACAGUUCAACGAAUACCUGAAUCUGAACACUCCUCUGCAGAUAGGAGGUGUGUUUCGGGAAAAGUUUGAUUACACCUACAACCGAUGGCAGUACAUGCCAGUGGCAGCUGGCUUCGAAGGUUGCAUUCGUAACUUUAAACACAACGGAAUUCUCUACGAUCUGUCCCACCCAGGUCUCUCAAAGGGUACCAUGCCUGCAUGUCUCUUCACCCAGGAAGUUUGUGACCUGAACCCCCAAGUUGCCAAAUGCUUGGAGCAUGGGAAAUGCAUUGGGAACUACGACGACGCCAAGUGUGAAUGUAAUCCGGGAUGGACGGGAACCUACUGCAGUCUACCGACGACUCCAACUACCUUUAAGACCCACAGCUAUGUGAAAUACGCUUUGAGUUUCGAACCGGAUAAAUUCACUACUCAAAUUCAACUGCGGUUCAGGACACGGGAAGUGUUCGGCGAGCUGUUCCGAAUCAGUGACCAACAUAUGCGUGAGUACGGAAUCAUCGAACUGAAGGAAGCCAAGCUGCUGUUCCGGUACAGCUUGAACUCCGGUCAGGUUGAAGAACGGGACGUGACUCUGAGUGCCGUCGAGGUGGACGACGGUCAGUGGCACGUGAUCAAGGUUCAGCGAUACGGGUCGGCCGCCAUUUUGGAGCUGGAUGGUGGUGAGGGUGCCAAUUUUAACCAAAGUUUCUCGUUCGACGGCCACCAAUGGCUGUCGGUAGAUAAACAGGAAGGCGUCUAUGCCGGCGGUAAACCGGAGUACACAGGAGUGAAGACCUUCGAUGUGCAGGCAGACUAUCAGAAGAGUUGCAUAGAUGAUAUAAGGUUGGAUGGUAAGAGCCUGCCGCUGCCACCGGCAACCAACGGAACUCAGUGGGGCCAAGCAACAAUGGCCAAAAAUAUCGAGCGGUAUUGUUCGUCCAAUAAUCCGUGCCAAAAUGCGUACUGUCCAGAACCGUUCGAAUGCGUCGAUCUCUGGAACAAGUACGAAUGCGCAUGUGGAGAUGGUAUGAUCAUCUCACCAGAGGGUAAAACCUGCAUUGACCGGAACGAAUGUCUGGACUAUCCAUGCCUGAACGGAGGCACUUGCGUCAACCAGGAGCCUCGGUUCAAGUACAAGUGCAUAUGUCCGGAUUCCUACUGGGGCGACAGCUGCGAGUUCCUGAAGGAACGACAAGCGUUGAAAUUCAGCACAAGUGCCUUGGCUGCUGUAAUCACAUGUCUAUUGCUGAUUAUAAUUUUGUUAUUCCUGUACUUCUCUUGUUCCCGCCGCCGAUCGGCCAAUUUCAACAAGAAACCUGCAACGAAAGAUGAUAUCCGCGAAAAUAUCAUUAACUACUGCGACGAAGGUGGUGGUGAAAAUGAUAUGACUGCUUUCGACAUGAAAACCCUCAAAAUUCCUAUAGGACCACUUCCGGAACUGGUGCAACACAAGGCACCUCCCGUACGUCCCGAUAUUGCAGUCGUGUCCGACCAGGUCCUCACCAAGGUCGACAUGUUCCUGGACGAUCGCAAACGAAGGGUGGACGUCGAUCCCGCAUCCGGGCCCUUCGACGACCUGCGAAAUUACGCCUACGAAGGUUGUGGGAGUACGUCGGGCUCACUAAGUUCCUUACAGUCAGGUACUGAUGAUGAACCCCAUGAGUAUAGCUUUUUGUCGGCAUGGGGUCCUCGUUUUGAUAAGUUAGUCAAUAUUUACGAACCAAAAAUACAAAUUGAGGACGAUGACGUUAGUUAAGGGUAACUCUCUUUCGGUUCGUGAUUUGUUAUCGGUUUUUGUACUUUUGAUGACUACCGAUGGCCGUCAUCGCUCGUCGUGUGUAGGUGUAGUUAUUUAUUAUAGUGAUUAUUUUUUUAUAUACAUUCGAAUCAGUGUAGAUAUCAAGAAGGAAAUGAGUAUCGAACGAAUAUUAGUUGCAUAAGAUUAAAAGGAACCUCUUAGCUAAAUAAAACCAAACAAUACAAAAUUGGAAAAAAGGAUGAAACCCAACCUAGCUGGUAAGGAUCGUAGUUAUUAAGUAGCGAAUAAGAUUCAAAAGAAUAUAAAAAGGAAACUAGAGCAUUACUACUUUUUAGAUCAAGUAAUCAUU